AUGUUCUCUUCUUCAUCAUCGAGACUUUUCCGUGGACUCAAUUCAAGUGCUUGUUUUCGCUCACUCACGUUCCGAACAAGAACAAACACUGCAAUUUCUCUCAUAAACUCUUGUUCUUUGCAAACUAUAAGAAAUGUAAAAACAGAUGUAAACAAAAUUUCAAGAGGAGACAUUAUUAAAGAUGGUGCCAACAAGUAUCUUCAAGUCGAACGUUAUGUUUUUGCAAAACGAGCUCGUUCUAAUGCUAUUGUAACCUUUGAAACUGUGGAUUUAUUAUCAGGAAAGAAAAUGAGUAAAAAGUGCAGAGGAGGAGAGUCGUUGGAUUUGUGUGAAUACUCCACAAAGGAUGUCACUUAUUCCUCAGAGACCAAUAAGGGAUUUGUUUUUGAAGAUAUGAAAGAUGGAACUGAAUAUAUUGCUCCAAAAUCUAUUUUCACAAAUGAGAUGAUACAAAUUAUGAAAGGAGGCUUCUUGAAAAAGAUAAUUAUUGGUAUUGAUGAAGAGACAAACACGGCCAUCAAAGUAAUGUUCCCAACCUCGCUCUUUGCAACAGUUGAAAAGACAGACGACGUUGUGAGUGGUAUUCCCAAUGAUAGACAUUCUCCAGUGACAAAGAAUGCCGUUCUGGACAAUGGGCUCACAGUAAAGGUACCAGGUUUUAUUGCACAAGGAGAUCGCAUCAAAGUGUCCACACGGGAUUGGAGCUAUUCUGCAAGAGCUUCCGAAGAUGAAGAGGAGGAAGUUGAAGAUUUUGAAGACACCCUUUCGGCUUCUAAUGAAGACAAAUCUGAAGAGCAUCAUGAAGACGAGAAUAGCGAAGACACCGACUCGGAGGAAGACAGAAAUAAAACAGAAUUUGUGAGGCCUAGAUUUUAA